GAUAUAAUUAAGGUUAUACAAUUCCAACUGUUCAAAUCCCAUUAUUGGUGCUAUACCCAUUUUAUUUAAUAUCCCAGCUAAAAUUUUGUAAAAUUAAAAAUGAAUGUUGCUAUUUUCACAAAAUCAAUAUACGCUUUACGGCAAAAUUUGAUAACACAAUCAUUAUGGAGAUCGUAUGCGAAGCCAGCGCCUGCUGCGAUUGGAGGGAAAAAGAAGAAACUAGGAAAGCUUGGUCCAGUAAUAGAAAAAAAAGAAAUCCCAGUUGAGACCGAUGCUAAUAAACUAGUCAGUUAUGUUUGUGGAAGCAACAUCUUAAAAACCGGUGAGGAUAUUAAGCUGAAAGCAGAUUCGGAAUAUCCUGACUGGUUGUGGUCUAUAAAUGUUGAUCGUAUAAUACCUAUAGAGCAAAUGGACCCAGAAACAAAGCAAUAUUGGCGACGUCUUCGGAAGCAGGGUCUCAGACGGAACAAUCAACUAAGUAAAUUGAAAAAAUUUUAGUUUAAUAUUUGUUAUUCAAUCGUAUUAGUUAUACAAAUUGGAAAGAUAUUAAAAUUUAUUAGUACUCUCCUAAUAAA